AUGUCUCUGAGCUCCGACGUGAUGCCGCAGUACCGCCAGGAGGCGCCCAAAACGCCGCCGCACAUCCUCCUCCACUACUGUGCCUUCAAAGCCAUCUGGGACUGGGUGAUCCUCUGCCUCACCUUCUACACCGCCAUCAUGGUGCCGUACAACGUGGCGUUCAAGAACAAGACGUCUGAGGACGUCAGCCUUCUAGUGGUGGACUCCAUAGUGGACGUGAUUUUCUUCAUAGACAUCGUGCUAAACUUCCACACCACGUUCGUGGGACCCGGUGGUGAAGUGGUCAGUGACCCCAAGAUCAUACGCAUGAACUAUCUCAAGUCGUGGUUCGUUAUAGACCUGCUGUCGUGCCUCCCCUACGAUGUGUUCAACGCCUUUGACCACGAUGAAGAUGUAAGUAACUGCGCCAGCGUCUCCGGCCGCAGCGAAAACGGCAUCGGCAGCCUGUUCAGCGCGCUGAAGGUAGUACGCCUGCUGCGACUGGGCCGCGUGGUGCGCAAGCUGGACCGCUACCUGGAGUACGGCGCCGCCAUGCUGAUCCUGCUGCUCUGCUUCUACAUGCUGGUGGCGCACUGGCUGGCCUGCAUCUGGUACAGCAUCGGCCUGUCGGACGCCGACAACGGCGUCACAUACAGCUGGCUCUGGAAGCUGGCCAACAUCACCCAGUCGCCGUACUCGUACGUCUGGUCCAACGAGACGAUGGCGCCGAUUCUGGUGAACGGGCCCUCUCGCAAGACCAUGUACGUGACGUCACUCUACUUCACCAUGACGUGCAUGACCAGCGUGGGAUUCGGCAACGUGGCGGCCGAGACAGACAACGAGAAAAUCUUCACCAUCUGCAUGAUGAUCAUUGCUG